UACGUACUCGACGCAGUCUCUCAGUCGAGCAGCAGUGGUCGAAGAUGUCGGACUGAAGCUUCUAGCGGUGCCUGUUUCACGUUUUUGCUAUUAUUAUCCACCCAUCAUCCGUGUGUAACCCGGCCAGUGUUUGUGCGUGUGUGUGAGUGAGUGAGUGCGUGAUUGUGUAUAUGCGCUUGUGUGUCGUCUCACUGAUCUUGUGGAAGUUCGGGCAAGUGUAUAAACGGGGUUGGUAGAGUUGGUUGUUUUCGGGCGGUUUGCUUCCGUUCGUUUCCACAGUGAUCUAGUUUAUCUGAUGCCCAAAACGGAAAUCGAUCGCGAUAAGCACUUAAGCACCGAAUGCGAAUUGAGGCCGUUUAGAUACGAGGCUAGCCAAAACGCCCUGUACGGUUGGUAAGAAAGUGACCGAUCAUCCUUCGAUCGAUCGAUUACACAUCCUUCCUGUUCGGUGCAUAUGGUGUAGUGUUGAUGUGUGUCCACCGUUGUGGUUGUGUGUGUGCUUCUGACAUACUACAAGCGUAAGGAAUGUGCCCAUCAUCAUCCUGCAGGAUAUGUGCGUUAUAGUAACUUCUUUCGUGCCAGUAACGUUCCAUUCUUAGUGGUGAUCUUCACACUGCAAGAGACGAACCUAAUACCAGUGCAAGCGUGCAUAUGUGCCUCUCUGUGCGUGUGUGUGUGAGUGUGUAAUCGCAAAAAAGCGUCAUCUAACGGAGGAAAGUUGUAGCUGGUGGUGAUUUUUCUUACAUUAUUUGCGCACCCGCACCACCCCCCGCCGCCCCAUCUCGCGCUCCAUUCCCGUUUGCACGGUGUCCCUGUGUGUGGUUUUAGUACGUACGGGUGUGUGCGUAGCGACGAUCGUUCGAGCAUCAGCGCGCCCAGCAUCAAGCCCUAAGACGCGUUAGCAUCGCCAUCAUUACCAUCAUCCAACCGGAGAGUGAGAACACAGCGGAGAGCCAGCGCCAAAACAACAACCCUCCAAGAUGCCCUGCAGUGCGGUAACGCUGUCGCUCGCGACGAUAUCCGCCAUCAUCGCCGUUGCCCUGUUGGCAAUCGCCUUCUCCACCGACAACUGGCAGAGCUACGAAGUGAAGCGAACCAACAUACAGAACUUUAUCGCAAAACAUCCAGAUGCAGCUGCACUGACCGAUAGCUUCAACAACCGGCUCAUCUACUACACGCGGACACGCGGCCUGUUCCGGUACUGCUACCCGAAGGAACGUCCUCCAGCAUCGUCCGUGCAAAUUUAUCUUUCACCGGUCGAAACGCACUGCUCCAACAUCGAUUACUUCCCUGCGAACGAAGAACACAAGGAGUCGGACUCGUUUACCGAUGACAUCAUGACCCGACUGCAUCUGGCACGUUCCGUCAUUGCUGCCUUCAUCCUGAGCUUCGUUGUCAUUUUCUGUGCCUUCUGGACUGGCUUAUCGGGAUGUUGGAAGCGUUCGGCCGGUGCCAUUACGGCAACCGCCAUCCUUAUGCUCACCGCCUGCCUGCUCGCCGCUGGUGCGAUGGGCCUGUGGCACACGGUUGAGUUUUUCGAGAAGGAAAAGGUCGUCGGCGAAGAGUAUUACCAGCAGUGGAAUAGCGUCCUCCGGGACAACACUCGUCUGUCGUACGACUGGUCGUACAUUGUGGCCUGGGCCGGUGUGGCCUGCAGUCUGCUGGCAUCGAUUCUGCUGUCCGGUGCGGCCGUCUGUCUGCGGGGUGAACGCGAAAAGGAGGAACAGCUUAAUCUCCAGUAUCUGAUGCCCGUGUAUCCCCAAAAGCAGCCUCCCUACCCAUACGGUGGUUUCCCUCAGCCUCAGCUCUAUCCGCAGCCAUACUAUCACGGAUCGCAGUACGGACCGUACAACUAUUGAGUAAAACUUUUCCAACCGCUAACAGAAUGCGAUACAGAAAGAAUGUGAAUGGAGUGCAUGUGCAGGUGCAGGGUAGAAUGCACCAAAAUGUAUCCAUUGUGAAAAAAAAGAAAAACAACAGAAUCUGAAUAUGUUCGGUUACUAUAUUUCGGCCUUAUCAGUGAAGACGUGACACGUUUUUUUUUUUUUGGUAAAUUAUAUCCAAAUUUAAAUUUAAAUCGAAUCUAGAGGAUAGCUUUUGUUCACAUGUUUGUGUGUGUAUGUAGCAAUUUGUGCGAUGAUCGUGAAAAUUUUUACUCAAUACUUUACCCACCCAACCCCCUCCAAAACAAGGCCCCGGUUACAUUCUCUUACCUUUACGUCUCGUCCUGAUGUCUAUGUAACGUCUUCCAGUACCGAUCGUUAACACGAUAAUUUACCUGUUUUGGUUCGAUUUUCCGAACAGCGAUCGCCAUCUACAUCCGAUGCAUCAACUUCCCAUUUUCUGUUGACCCCUUUUUAAUAGUCCACCCACCAUUUGACCCAUGUGCCUUCUGGUGUUGUACUAAAACAAUAACAAUGCAUCUAAACGGAAAAGGACAUAACAGCCUGACCGGCGAAUGGUUUCUAUUUUAACGUAACGCAAGUAUCAUCGCAUUACCUUUACGAUACGACUCAAUUCAAUCGAUUUCUAGUAACGGUCUAGCUCUGCAUUCCACCGCGAUUUCGUGAAUGUAGUGCCUGUAGGUCGAGUCGUUCUAAUGAUUUUUUUUUUCGCUCCUCUGCUCGUCUACGAUUACACGUACGAUUCAUCCAGUUAGAUUUGUCCAAACGGACGACCGUUCGCAACAUUGGACGCCAAUCGAUGGCGUACCAGUGGACGUGAUUCUUUAUGUAUUAUGACGAGGUUAUUGUAGCGAUAGCAGCUAGGUGUAGUAUCAUACUGUUUUGUGCUUUAGUGAAAAGUAAAAACAAACGCGUAGGCGAAAAAAUGCAAAAUGCGAGAGAGAAAUGAAUCAUACACUGGUAACAUAGUUUCGAGAGUAAAUUAGAGAAAGAUAAGUAAAAGCAUUGCAUUCAAACGUGACAGUACUGAGCGAUGGAAAAGGUUUAAAGAUAGUGUUCCACUUAGUUACGAACUUAUAACGAUGAGCAGUUGAAGGCAGUUUGAAGUGGAAGGAAAUGGAAAAUAAAGUUUAGUAUUUUUAUUUUUAAUGAAACAAA